CUCAUUCCUGUAUUAUAAUUCACUUCCUUCCUUCCUUCCUCCCUCCCUCCAGAGGAAAGAGAAAGAAAGAAAGAAAAAUGCCUUCUUCUUCUGUUACUCUGGUGUCUAAAUGCACGGUUUAUCCGGAACACAAGUCCACAAUCAAGAGCCUGAAGCUCUCAGUUUCUGAUCUUCCCAUGCUCUCAUGCCAAUACAUCCAGAAGGGUGUGUUGCAUACUCGCCCUCCUCUUCCCAUUGACUCCCUCAUCUCUCUCCUCAAACAAUCUCUCUCCACCGCUCUCACUCAUUUCCCACCCCUCGCUGGUCGUUUCGAAACAGAUGCCGAUGGCCACGUCCACAUCAUCUGUAACGACGCUGGCGUCGAAUUCAUUCAUGCCAAAGCUAAGCACUUCCUCAUUCGUGACCUCCUCUCCCCCGUCGACGUCCACAAUUGCUUCAAACAGUUCUUCGCCUUCGAUGGCCUUCUCAGUUAUGCCGGCCACUUCAAGCCUUUGGCCGCUGUUCAGAUCACGGAACUCGCAGACGGACUUUUCAUCGGUUGCACCGUCAACCACUCCGUCACCGACGGCACCUCCUUCUGGCACUUCUUCAAUACCUUCGCUGAGAUGACUAAAGGAGCAAAGAAGAUCAGCAGGUCACCAGAUUUUAACCGGGACAACGUGUUCAAUUCGCCGGUGGUGCUCAGAGUCCCAGAGGGCGGCCCAAGGCUAACGUUUUCUGGAGACGAGCCGUUGCGUGAGAGAAUCUUUCGGUUCCAUAGAGAAGCGAUUCUAAAGCUUAAAUACAGAGCCAACAACCACAUACAAAAAUCCACAAAUGGACAAGUUUUGGAUAUGGGCGAAAUAUUGGGAAAGAGGUCUAACGAUAGUUGGAAGACCAUUAACGGAGAAAAUGGUAUGGACAACGGCAAGAAAACGUCUGUGCUGGCGAAGCUGUUGAAGAACAAUGUGUCGAAACCUCUCGAUUCCGAAACCGGAAUUCCCAAUUCAACUGCAGAGAUUUCAUCGUUCCAGUCACUCUCUGCUCAACUGUGGCGUUCAGUGACACGUGCUAGAAAACUGCCCUCGUCCAGGACCACGACGUUCCGAAUGGCAGUUAAUUGUCGUCACCGGUUGGAGCCGAAAUUGGAGGCACACUACUUCGGGAACGCGAUCCAGAGCAUCCCGACGGUAGCAUCUGUGGGGGAACUUCUGUCUCGAGAUCUGCGGUGGUGUGCGGAUCUGCUGCAUAAGAACGUAGUGGCACACGAUGAUGCUACGGUGCAGCGGGGAGUGAGGGACUGGGAGAGCAACCCUCGUUGCUUUCCACUGGGGAACUUCGACGGAGCAAUGAUCACAAUGGGGAGCUCUCCCAGAUUCCCCAUGUACGACAACGAUUUCGGGUGGGGAAGACCCCUGGCUGUUAGGAGCGGCAAGGCCAACAAAUUUGACGGGAAGAUAUCGGCCUUUCCAGGGAGAGAUGGGGCGGGAACGGUUGAUCUGGAGGUGUGUUUGGCACCGGAAACAAUGGCGGGUCUUGAGUCGGACCCUGAGUUCAUGCAAUACGUAUCGGGAAUGGUGUGAUGGAUUUGGAUGAAUGGAUGGAACUUGGAACUUGGAACUUGGAACUAUGAACUUGGCACUUGAAACAUGAAAGUAGGGAACGGGGGAGGCCAAAAGUUGUCAGGCAAUCUCGUGAUUGGCUGCGGUCCGAUGGAUUUGGACGGGUGUGAUUUCACUUUCUAUACAAAGGAUAAGUAAUGUUGCAGCUUUUAGUUUUGUCUAAUUUGCCGUGUACUAAGUACUGGGUGUUGUACCAUUGGCAGUGCAGUUUGUUUCUAUUUCCCACGUGCUCAAACGGUCAAACACACUUUUCCUCUCUAA